GAAAUAUAGUCAAUAUUAAUAAUAAAUGGACAAGUUAAUAACCUUUAAAGCAAAAUCUCAUGUUGGUCAUUUGAAGCAAGUGAUUACACAAGAAUAGAAACUUUAAUUUUAUAGUGAAGAGGAAGGAGAAUCAUCUAAUUCUCAAGACAAUACACCUACACCAGACAACAAAGGUAAAGCAAAGCCAAUACCAAAGUAAAAUGGAUUCUAAACUGAUGAUUCAGAAGGAGGUACACCUAAGAGUCAAAGAAAUACUUAGUAAUAACAUACAAGUAUUUAUAUUAAUUUUGACAUAAGCAGCAAAGAUGUCUAGAUUUAGCAAUUUAGUGAAUACAAAGAGAAUAGAUGGAGAUGUAGAAAACGAACCAGACUUUAGUGAUACAGAAAACAAUAAUGAGCCAGUUGAAUAAAGCAAUCAAGAAGCAAAUUACAAUAUUGAAGAGUAAGCUUAAAGAAUUUAAUAAAAACUCUCCUUAAAAGCACAAACAAAUCCAAAGUUAGCAAAAGCAAAGUAAUAAAAUCUAUAAUGAAUAGAUAAACAUCAUCAAUGUAAAAUCUAAACUCUAACACAGACUCAGAAUAAAAUAAAAAGAAUCCAUAACUGAAUUAAAAUAAUAAAAUAGCUUAACAUCCUUUUCGUCAUUUAAUAUUUGGUCAAUAUAUUAAUGAAUAAGCAUUUAAAAAACAUUUAUUACUUACAUAGAGAGGAUUAAUCUAUGCUAGAAAGUGUUUAAAAGGACCAUCUGAUAAAUUUAUAGAAUCGAAGAAAGUAUAUUUAAAUGAAAUAACUCCAAAAAAAGAGAAAACUCUAAUUCUAGAUUUAGAUGAGACUUUAAUACAUUCAUGUACAUCUAGGGAAAAUCCUUAAGUUUAUGUUACAGCAGUAGGAGACUUUGGAGAAGAAGCAAAAGUAAUUUUAUUAAAUUAUUUAGAUUGGAAUUAACAUACGUCCAUAUACAUCAUUAUUCUUAUCAUCACUAUCUUAACUUUAUACAAUUUAUAUUUAUACAGCAUCCUCAUAAGCAUAUGCUUAAGCUAUAAUCAAUUAUUUGGAUCCUAAAAAACAAUAUAUUUCUGGUGUCUUGUCUCGAAAUAAUUGUAUGGAAACUAAGAAUGGAUUUUUUAUUAAGGAUUUGAGAUUGAUUGGCAAUAAAUAAUUGAAAGAUAUGCUAAUAAUUGAUAAUUUAGCUCAUUCUUUUGGAUUUCAGAUUGAGAAUGGGAUUCCUAUAUUAGAAUGGCAUAAUGAUUAAAAUGAUUAAGAGUUAAAAGCUCUCAUUGAUUAUUUAAAGGAAGCUGUAACAUAUUCAGAUUUAAGAGAGUACAAUACAAAUUAUUUGAAAUUGGAUGAACUUAUGGAAUUUCAUUUGGAUGAAUGA